AAAAGGCCUCAUUUCUCGCGUUGCUUCCUCUUCAUAGAGCGGAAGGGCAAAGCGACUGAAGAAGCCAUGGCCGUUGGCGAGGAGCCGGUUAAGGAGAAGAAGACCAGGCCGGCGAAGGUCCCUAAGGAGAAGAAGCCCAAGGAUUCCAAGUCCGCCGGCCCCGCUCAUCCUCCUUAUUUCCAGAUGAUCAAAGAGGCGAUUUUGGCCUUGAACGAAAAGACUGGAUCGAGUCCCUACGCGAUCGCCAAGUUCAUGGAGGAGAAGCACAAGGGAGUGCUGCCGGAGAACUACAAGAAGGUUUUGUUCGUCCAGCUGAAGAACUUCACAUCGAAAGGGAAACUCUUGAAGGUGAAGGCCUCGUUCAAGCUGUCGCAGACCGGAAAGGACGAGAAGAAGAAGAUGGAGGUUGCUAAGAAACCUGAGAAGAAGCCCGAGAAGGAAGCGAAGAAGCCGAGGGGGACCAGGAAGAGAAAGGAGGUUUCAUCUGAGACUCCUUCAAAGAAGGUUCCCAAGGCGCCCUCGAAACCUAAAAGAGCUCCGGCGAAGAAGGCAAAGUCACUGGCGGUUUCUCCGAAACCCAAGCAGCCGAAGUCGAUCAAAUCCCCGGCGGCGAAGAGGACCCGGAAGGCCUCAGCUUGAUGGUGUCAUCCUGAUUCCUGCGACGAGAUCGAUGCCCUCUUUGUAGAUAAACUAGUUUCAGUCUCCUCCUUCCUCGUAGCUUUAUGCAUCUCUCUACUUUGUGGAUAGAUAAACUCUGAUCAUAGUUUCUGCUUGUACAUGGUUACUGCAGUUCUAAAUCUCGUUUCAAGUUUCGAUUUUGGUCAGGCCUGUGUUUAUUUGGUAUAAAUUGUACCAGAAAUCUUAACAAAAUUCGAUCUUGACACUGCACCUUAA